GCGCGAGGUGAGCGCGGGGCGCGAGCGGGCGUGGGCGGGCGGCGGGGACCAGGCUGGGGAGCCGGCUCCGCGCGCGGGGGCGUCCCUGCCCCCUCCGCCUGCGCCACCUCUGCCGGCUUCUCCCGGCAAGUUUGUCGCCCCCGCUUUGCGGACCUCCUCGGAGGAUCAGCCGAGUCCAGACCUGUGGCCAAAUAGAAAACUCGAGCUGGAGGCGGAGGAGGCGGAGGAGGCGUGUGGGAAGCCGGUCCGGGAUGAGAGUCUCUUGAAGGGCAGCGCUGGCUUCUUGGAAAUCUUCCUUGGCUCUUUCCCACCCAGGUGAGCGAAUCCUCUUCUGCUCAGUUCUGCACAGGGGCGGGUUGGGCUCCGCUGCCGGCGUUCUGGGAACCCGCGCCGAUUCGGGGGAGUGAUUGCCGCCGGGGCUCCGGGGAGCGCAGUGUUUAUUUUGGCUUCUCGGUCAUCACAGCCCUCGUUCUCUCCUGCCUGCAUCCGUCACCUGCUCGGGCUGAGGUAUUGCAGCUCAUCCGGCACCUUCGCGUGCUGCCAGGUUAAACAUUCUCUGUUUUAGAAGGGCUGGUAGGUGCCCUGAAGAUGUGUUGGCUUGGAAUGGAAACAUUAAUAAUACCCAAACCCCUGAUGCUGCUCAGAAAAUGACGUGCGCACAGCGAUAGGUUUCUGCACCUGGAUUGUCAAGUAGGGCAAAUUGUCACCAAUGGCAGUAAAACUUGUUUUCUGGGGGUCAAGGUCUCAUGGGCUAAUUGGCUCUCGUUCAGCUGGAACCUAACAGAGAAGUCAUCCUGCUGUGUAUCAAGACAAUGCCCAGUUUUAAAACUGCUCUGAAAAUGAUGAAGACAGGAUCGCCCAGUGAUGCUGUCAGGGGGCAACAAGCAGCUUGAGAAUUCCCUGUUCACCAGGUAGCAGCUUGAAGGAAGCCCCUUUCCAUUAAGGAGGACUGCAUGGCAGGCAGCCCCCACUGAAGGCUGGAAAAUGAGUGUCCCGGCGGCUCCUAAGAAAUCAUGUUACACUGAGUUACGGGACAACAGAAAUGGAGUGAAAAACAACAAUGAGAGCGUCCUAAGUCUGGGAGACACCAAUGCCAACCCCGUCAUGUUGGAGGUCAGCUCCUCUCCUGAUGAGCCUGUGACGUGUGCCCUGACAGAUGAAAUUGGAAAUGCAAAUUCAAGGGGGCCAGAAAGUAGUACCCGUGUCCAGAAGGAGUUUCACCCCCUUCAGGGCUUUUCGAAGGCAUCUCAGGUUGGCCCUGCCAGCCUGAAGGAUUUUAAAUUUUCUCCGAUGGCUCAGAGAGAACGGAAUGAAGAGCCCAUGCUGGAGAGAGGCACAGAUCCCCUGCAGGCCCCUCGGGGCCUUCAGGGACAAUGUCAAUCAAGUUGGAGGACUGUCACAGGUGAGGCCAGCCCAGAGGUUUCGGCUCAGAGGGAGGUUGACGUUCCCCGGCAUGUUCCCAAGGAUAAGUUGGCCAAGACCCUUGACAAUGCGGAAUUGAGGAGGCAGUCUCUGGAGAGAGCCGGCAGCUCUGCCGUAGCAGUGGACAUGCUUACCAAGGAGUGGGCUGGGGGUCUGGCCUGGCCGCUUCCACAGCCUGCAGUGCUGGGGUCCCCAGAAGCCCCCCGUCCGGUACCCAGUGGUGGGGAGGGGCCGCAGAAGAUGGGGGCAGCCCCUUCUCCAGGGCUGGCUUGUCUUCCAGCUGAUGGUACCUCAGAGGGAAAGAGCUCACGUCAUCCUAAACCAUCUACCUCAGUAAUCAAGGAGACCACCCCCUUAGAGACCCAGCCGGAUGGGGGACAGGUACCCAAAGUUAGCACCCAGAGCACAGAGCCUUCCGCCCACCCAGAGUGCGCUCCCAGUUCCUCUCCAGCCUCGAGAGACGUCCUGAGGAAGCCAGAAGCACAGCUAGGUCAGGGAAAGCCCGAGCCCGAGAUGGAGCUGAAACGUGUGCAGCUCAGGGCCGCGCAGGAGCUCCAGUCCACCCAGGCGGACGGGCUGGGAUGUCCUCAGGAGGACGGCGUGUCAUCCCCAGGGAGAAAGGAGCCGUGUACAGAGGGAGCACAGCAGGAAGCCUCGGCUGCGGCACACAGAGGGCCCCACCCGCCGGCUAUGGGAAGAGGCAGGGGCGAGCAGGAAAAGAGAGGUGAGGAGGGGUCUCUCCAGACCACCCCCAAGCCGAGCCCCGCUUCCUCGGGAGCUGCUGGGCAUCAGCCCGCGGGCAGAAGUUCACCAAGUGCAGCUAGGAAACUGGGUGAAGCCCCAUCCAGCAGCGUUUCACCCAGGGAUGGUCACGUCGCUUUUGUUCCUGGUGAUCUGACUGACAGCAGGCCCUCAGGUGCCAGCGAGGAGAGAGGGGUUCUGGGUGGUGGGAACGGGGACGGCGCUACGGUUUUUAAUUCAGAUCGUUCUGUUGGAGAGAGCGGAACUGGGGUCCCUGAGCCCCCCGACCCUCCAAGCAGCAGCUCAGAAGCCGGGGAAAGCACAGAGAUCGCUACAUCCGUUGCUGAGACUAGGAACCGUCUAGAGACUGCAGUGAAGACUGAAAGCACCCCCCAAGUAAGGGCAGAUUCUCUUCCCGGAGUCCCAGCGCCCCUCCACCCAGAGACAACCGUGAAUGUGGCCCGGCAGCCCGUGCAACCCAGCAGCCGUUUUCCGGACUUGGGUGCCUUGAAUGUGGACGCGGGGGUCCCCCCGGCCGCCCCGCCUUCUGCCAACAGCUCCAGGUUGUCACACGCUUCCCUGAAAGUGCCUGACAAGAACCCCUGCCCUGGUGGGAUCCCCAAGCCUGGCCUCACCCGUCCCGAGGACACACCCACCUCACAGGAGGGAGCGGAGGGCCCCCAGGUUGAAAAGACGGAAGAAAGGGCAGAUCCCCGGCCCCUCGUUAUGCCCAAGCCCAAGCACGUGAGGCCCAAGAUCAUCACCUACAUCCGGAGGAGCCCUCAGGCCCUCGGCCAGGUGGACGCGUCUCUGGUUCCCGUGGGGCUACCUUACGCCCCGCCCUCGUGUAACAUGCCUCUCCCCAAAGAGGAGAAGGCGGCAGGUGGAGACCUGAAGCCGGCCGCCAGCCUCUAUGACAAGUUCAAGCCAGACCUGCAGAGGCCCCGGGUGUUCAGCUCCGGACUGGUGGUGUCUGGGAUCAAGCCACCGGGACACCCCUUCAGUCAAAUGAGUGAAAAGUUUUUACAGGAGGUUACAGAACGCCCUGGAAAAGAAGAAUUUUGUUCUCCUCCCUAUACUCACUACGAAGUUCCUCCAACUUUCUAUCGAUCGGCCAUGCUCCUUAAGCCCCAGUUGGGAUUGGGUGCAAUGUCACGUUUACCAUCUGCCAAGAGCAGGAUCCUGAUCGCGAGCCAGAGGUCUUCAGCGAGUGCCAUUCACCCACCAGGAACCAUAGCGGCAGCUGCCAGCCUCUACAGUUCCGACCCUGCAGCAGAUUUAAAGAAACCUUCCGGUUCAAAUGCUGCAAAAUCCAACCUACCCAAAUCUGGACUUCGUCCUCCUGGCUACUCGCGCCUCCCGGCAGCCAAGCUGGCGGCCUUUGGCUUCGUCCGGAGCUCCAGCGUGUCCUCGGUGUCCAGCACCCAGUCAGCGGACAGCGCCCAGCCCGAGCCCAGCCGGCUGGCCAACCGUUCAACCUUUGGGACUGAAGACCAGCCGGCUCUGAAGGCAGCUCUGCCUUCCAAAGACACACCCAAAGGGGCUGCCCGGGUGGCCCCUCCAGCAUCCUCCAGUGUGACAACACCUCGCAGGAGUUUGCUUCCGGCGCCAAAAUCCACGACCACACCGGCGGGAACGAAGAAAGAAGUACAGAAAGAUCAAGAUGCUAAUAAACCUGCAGUUUCAUCUCCUAAGAGAAUGUCGGCUUCAGCCGCCAAGCUUCAUUCGCCAGGAUACCCCAAGCAGAGGCCCACGGCCCCCCGCAACGGGGCCUCCCCCAAGCCGGACCCACAGGCCCGAGAGGCCGAGCGGCAGCUGGUGCAGCGGCUGAAGGAGCGGUACGAACAGCAGGCGCGGCAGCUGGGCCUCGUGCAGGGGGAGCUGAGGAAGGCCGUCCGGGGCUUUGAGGCACUCGCCGUGUCCACUCAGCUUUUCUUCAGGAAGAAUGAAAGUGCCCUUGUGAAAGAAAAAGAGCUGUCAAUCGAACUUGCAAACAUCAGGGAUGAAGUUGCCUUCCAUGCGGCGAAGUGCGAGAAGCUGCAGAGAGAGAAGGUGGAGCUGGAGCGGCGCUGUGAGGAUGAGGUGCGCAGGCUGGGCUGGCGGCAGCAGGCCGAGCUGCGCGACCUGGAGCGGCGGCUGCAGCUGCAGUUCGAGACCGAGGUGGCCCAGCUCCAGGAGGAGCACCGCACACAGCUGCUGCGGAUCGGGUGUCAGCACCAGCGGCAGGUGGAAGACAUCACCACCAGCCAUGAGGCUGCUCUCCUAGAGAUGGAAAACAGCCACACGGUUGCCGUCUCGCUCCUGCAGGAUGACCACGACCACAAGGUGCAAGAACUGAUAUCUACCCACGAGCUUGAAAAGAAAGAAUUGGAAGAAAAUUUUGAAAAGCUGCGGCUGUCAUUACAGGACCAGGUGGACACGCUGACCUUCCAGAGCCAGUCUCUGCGGGACCGAGCCAGACGCUUCGAGGAAGCUUUGAGGAAAAACACUGAGGAGCAGCUGGAGGUUGCAUUGGCUCCUUAUCAGCACUUGGAAGAAGACAUGACGAGUCUGAAGCAGGUAUUAGAGAUGAAGAAUCAGCAAAUACACCAGCAGGAAAAGAAGAUCAUUGAGCUGGAAAAGCUGGCAGAAAAGAACAUUAUCCUGGAGGAAAAGAUCCAAGUUCUCCAACAGCAGAAUGAAGACCUCAAAGCCAGGAUUGACCAGAACACCGUCGUCACGAGACAGCUGUCAGAGGAGAAUGCUAACCUCCAGGAAUAUGUGGAGAAAGAAACACAGGAGAAGAAAAGAUUGAGCCGAACCAACGAAGAGCUGCUUUGGAAGCUGCAAACGGGGGACCCAACCAGCCCGAUUAAACUGUCCCCCACGUCCCCCGUUUACCGAGGCUCCUCCUCCGGGCCCUCCUCUCCCGCCAGAGUCAGCAUGACGCCCAGAUGACGCCACCACGCUGCGGGUCGAGCUGCGGCGCCUGGUCCACGAGGGUUUCCGCCUCGAGGGAGUGGUGACCAUGGACCGGCCCGACUGACCCUGCGCGCAUGCCCAGUAGCUGCAUAGCUGCAUCCUAGGCAGAGUCCUUUUCUGAUCCUCGUGUAAGACUGUCCUGGUACUGGCACUUCGGAAAGUGUAAAUGGUAGUGUCUGAUGUGCAAACGUUUGACCGUAGUUAGAGCCAAAAGAAAGAAACGCCAACUGUUCUUGAGCAAUGAACUUUCACUGCAGAAUAUCAGGUUAGUUACAGAUAGCUCAGUUUUGAAUAUCCAUUGAAUAAUCAUUGUGUACUGCACCGAUAUGUGUGUAUAUUUAGAUAUACGUAUAUACACAUGCAGCGGUUCUGAAUUGCAUUUUUUAUAACAUGAAGUGCUGACAUAUUUUGGUGAAGGUCAGCAGUUUUCUAACUCGUGCCUAAGAAUUAUUGGGAAAUGAAAAUGCAUUUCUAUCUACCUUCCCAGGAAUAUUUCUACCCAAAAUAGAAAAAGGAAAAAAAAAAAAAAAAGAUACAGAGAAGAAGCGCCUUCCGACCUGCCACCGCGUGGUACUCUGUUUAACACAAGCACCAGCCAUUCACGAACGGUAGCUGCCUUUGCAACAAUCAGCUUCUUAGAGUCCACGCGAUGUGAGGCCACUGUUACUCCAUCCGCGAGUUUUCAGCGUUUAAUACUUCUGUCAUGAGCGGAUAAGGGGCAGCAGUGGGAAACCCUGAGGGGGUGAGGAGUUUUGCAGAUGUCACUCAUGACAGUGGAUCAUCUAUAGUCUCGUAAACACAAGUUCUGCUUUUGUUUUCCUAAAUGGCAUCUUGGAAUCCAUCAUUAAGCUCUUUCAUCUUCGGGAAAAUAUGGAAGCACAUGACCUUAUAGGAUGAGGGUGAGAGUGACCUCGGAGUUGGCCAAGACCAUUCACGCUCCGUCCUCAAGAAGGAAGACCGCUAAUAGGGUCUGUGUUCUGACUAAGCGUAGGGUAGGAAAGCAUAUACUCUGCCAUCCUGUUUGCUUUACUCUGAUGUGAUGCUGAAAAUGGGCAACGCACCAAAAUAUGACCCUCAGCCCCACUUCACUGGCACCCCCCUUCGGUCUGGUUCCGUAACCCAACCUCAUUCCUGUACAUUGAGAAGCUCAGGGCUUCCAGCAGGGGCUUCCAGAAAUCCUGGGGGAUCAGUUCCAAGCUGUGCUAGACCAUCACAUGGCCUCCCAGAAGCCCAGGUGCAUUUUCUGCCGGGUGAUCGAGCAGUGCCACAGCUGACAGAGGUCCCAUCUCUGGCCCAGGAGGUUCUUCCAAACAGAGGAAGGAGCCCGGGAAACAGCCAGCCAGCGGUGGCUGGCUUCCGGACUGGCGUUUGGCUCUGAAACGGUAGAAUUAGAACCUGAGAGGUAUUCCUGUAGUGCUGUGGACGAUUAGAAGCAAGACACACAAAAGAAAGAAGCGGUUUCAACAGUUGAUAUGGUGAUGAUAAUGAUGCCUUUGUUCACUGUUUGUGACGAAGAAGACCCUGCACUUUUCUCCCUAAGGCCCCUCAAAAUGGUCCUGAGCACAGGACUGGCUCUGAGCAUACCCGAGGCGGGCGGCCUCAUGUAGGGUUGCUUCGUGGGCCAGAGCCACAGAGCAGGGAAGAAACGGCCCACGGAAGGGCUUGGCUGGCCCAGAGCCCUGUCUGCUCUGUGAAUACGUGGCCGGCGUAAAGACAGACCUGGUCUGUGUUCCUUGCGUGAGUCAAGGUUGGGCUUCCUGGCCUCGUGUACAUCUCAUUUCUAGCAAACCUCCAGGUGUUCGCCCAUCCUGGGGACAUACACAGGAGUAUCCACUAAAGAAACAUUUUUUUCCUUUAGUGGCUCUGCAUGAUGCUGUGAUGUUGAGUUGGGCCUCCCAUUAGAGUAGAUCAUGCCACGUUGACGAAACACACAAGUAUUUAUUCUUUUAGCAGGCACCACCCGCAGACACAAUAGCUCAGCCCUCUGAAUUAGGAACUGCUUCCCUAACCGCACUUGCUAAAUGCAGUUACGCAGCAAUACAGAUAUCAGUGUUAUGUUAGAAUGUGGUCCACAGUGUGUUAGCCUAUUGCAGUCAAAGUUGUAGUGGUGUUAGAACGAAGUAAUCCCUCACCAGGUGACUAGAGCGUGGCUCUAACCAGCCCUGACCUUGGGUACUUGAGCUAAUUCCCACCUUGCCCUGGCUUCAUUUCCCUGUCAUGGACGCCCAUCAUAUACGGCUCCUAUCCCAGAACACGAGGGGUGGCGGCCACCGGGCCCCUUCUGUGCCUCUCCAGCCCCCACACUGUUAGGACUUGGACCUCUGUCUCCCUGGCGUCCACCUCCCAGGCCAGAGCUGCUGCCACGCGGAGAUGCCGCAGCCUCCCCGCCUGCCACUCACAGACCCGCGAAACUGCACCAACCUCUUCCUGGCGCGUGGGACCCCCGUCGGCGCCCUGCCCUCCCGCCGCCCAGCACACACCCGGCGAGGUUCUGGCGGGGUGGGACACCUGGUGGCCAUCUGAAUGGGGUCGCUCGUUCCUCUUACGGCCCCUGCGGGUUCUGUGUUGCCGAUUUGUGUUUGAAGCAUAUUAAAAUGAACCUGAGGGACCUCUGUGACAUGCACUUGAUGUGACCGUUGGCCUGGCCCUCCCAGGCUGCAGGAGGUCCGGUGGGGUCAGGCAGGGAGGUCAGAAGGCCGGGCUCCCCUUGUGUGUGUGCGCCGGCUGGCCGUCACUGAGUCUCCCCCCCCCCCCUUCUCGGCGGACUCAGGAUCCCCGCACCCGUCUUCCAGCCCGGAUCCUUCAGCAGCCUUGCCCAGGCUUUGGGGGCUCAGCGGCUCUGCUCCGUCUCCCCCGUCCUGGGGAGGCCCGGGUGGGUUGGAGGAGGUUGGAAAAAGGACACGAGAUUGAGGCCAGUCCCCUCACCGUCAGAGUCGAAUUCAGACGUGGACCUAUUGCUUCUACCCCAGAGUGAGCUCGGUCUGUCCUCAAGCCCGUCCCUUUGCACCUGGCUGGUCACAGAGCUCUCCUCUCAGAGCACUGGGAAAAGGCCCACCCGGCUUGGGGGCCCGUGGUCAUAGCACUGCCUUGUCACACGCUUUCUCAUGCCCUCGGGGUUCUCGGGGGCCAGGCCACGCCCUGAACCUAAACACGCUCACUUCCCCCACCAGGGCCUUCAGCCUCGGGGCCUGCCUGCCUGGGGUCGCAGGCUGGUUCCCUGUGGGGUUUGGAGGGACCUCCGGAGACUCCAGCCACUCUGCCCUCCCGAACCACUGCCGGACAGGAGCCCCUUGGCAGGUGAUAAAGCCCCUUGAGUUACUCCGGACCCGCCGGCACCACUGCCGGACCCCCUGGGUCACCCACGUGUCCAGGUUAUUGGCGAUGGCUGCUAUUCAUGAUCUGCUUGUCAACCCGUCCCAACCUGUUCGUUUCUUCUGGCGUCUUGUGCCACCACCUUUUAUCGUACCCACCCUGCAUUGUCCUCGCCGUCAGCACAGCCGCUUAACAGAGGGGCGCUGGCGCCCGGCCCACGGAGGAAACCAGGGUGGAGGGGCCUCGCAUCCGUGGAGAGCUGUGUCCCGCACAGCUGUCUUGCCGUGGCAGAGAGCCUUUUGAAGUCAGCGCUCGGUCCCCGCUGUGCCAAGGGAGGCCACGGCCGGCUCUCCCUGCCUGCGAGGCUGGAAGGAGUGAGGAGAGCGAAGCUCAGGUAGAAGUCGGGGGGGCAGGGCGUCCCACCCGCUGCUGGAGGCUCUUCUCACUCCGUGGCUGCAUCCGGGAACGGGCACCCUCGCAUCGCAUCCCUGCAUCCCUUGUAGGCAAGAGGCAGGGUCCUGCCCGCUGGGGAGUUUGGGUCAAAUGCUCUAAACAGUCACCACCACUAUCACAGGCUAGAGCUCAUUCGCUUAAGUUUGCUAAAUUUUUUUUUUUUUUUUU